UUCAUACUAUAUAAAAGCUUCAUCAUAUCACGGCAAAUUAAUCGCUAAUAUUUCUUCUUUGCGGAAAAAUAUUGUUUUGCUUUUCCGGUAAAAAAGUGUUUGCUCAGUACAACAUAACAUGUCCCUAUUCCUAUGAAAAAUCAAUAAAUGUUGAGAAUGAUGACAAACCCUUCAUGGAAAGCAAUCCCGACCUUCGAUUAUCCACUCCGCUUUCAAACUUCUCUGCUUUCGACUUGUCUUCCGUAUGCAGUAUUUGAAUCUUUAAUUCAACGCAAGUGCAUGCGACCACAGAGUUUUCUUCACGAUCUGCUUCACUUUUCAACGUUCAGUCGUAAUGUAGCUCGCGUCUAGAUAUGACAUCGCUCAUAGAAGGGUACUUUGAAUGAAGCACGACAGUGUCGCUAAGCGUUCUUAGAAGUUCUUAACGAGAUGCCUCGUAACGAAUAUUCCCUGAGCGAUAUUAUGUACAUCACACGACCAACGCGUAAUAUUAUGAGCAUAUUUGGUAUUUGGCCGUCUAUUAGUCGGAAGAAAACUUUGUGCGGAAAAGUUUACAAGUUCCUGCUAAUUACCAUUUCUUACACUCUCCUCACGUGCAACCUAAUUCCUGGCUUCCUAUAUUGGCUGACGCAGGGUGACACUCGCACCCGCCUUCAAAUGAUUCCUUUCCUCAUUUACGAUACUAUGACUGUCAGUCAGUACGGUAUCUUUAUCAUUCGUGAUAAUCAGAUCAGAGAGUGCUUGAAACACGUUCAGGAAGACUGGGAAAAUAUUCUCAGCGCGGACGUACGGAACAUGAUGUUGAAAUUUGCGAGGAUUGCCAAGCGUUUAGUCACAGUGUGUGCGACUUUCAUGUUUAGCGGUGCCGUUCUCUUUCGCACGAUUCUCCCUUUAUCACAAGGAGACAUCGUCACGGAACAAAACGUUACUAUUAGGCCCUUGGCCUGUCCCAGUUACCUCGUCUUCAUCGACGUGCAAAUCACACCUAUCUACGAAAUAUUCUUUACGAUUCAAUGCAUUAGCGGAUUGAUCACAGCCUCGAUCGCGACAGGUGCGUGUGGCCUCACAGCUAUUUUUGUAAUCCAUGCUUCUGGCCAACUGAGGAUUUUGAGAGAUCUAAUGACGAGGCUAGUCGAAGAACGAUGGCAAAAGGAAUACGAAGUGAAUAAAAAAUUGGCCGAUAUAGUUGAGCAUCAAGUGAGGGUACGCGGUUUCUUGCGAAUGGUACAGCAUACGCUCCAUCAGAUAUUCCUGAUGGAAAUAAUGGUCAACACGAUAACUCUUUGUAUUGUAAUGUAUUUUAUAAUAAUUGAAUGGCAAAGUAACAAUACAGCAGCAUUAUGCGUUUAUUUGUUAUGCGUUGGAAAUCUGAUACUUCAUUUAUUUAUGUAUUGUUACACCGGUGAACAACUUACCGAACAAGCCGAGAAAGUGGCAACUGCAUCAUGCGAGCUUGAAUGGUACCGUCUUCCGGAUAAAAAAGCACGUUAUAUCGUGUUGCUAAUGAUCAUGUCUAAUGCUCCAACCAAGAUAUCCGCUGGAAAUCUUUUCGAACUCUCACUUAAAACAUUCGGUGACGCUAUAAAAACGGCAGGAGCAUACUUUAAUAUGCUCCGAAAUAUAACCGACUGAAUGUGUUUAAGUCUAAUUAUCGAAACUGCAACGUAAGCCUUAUAUACAUCGCGAAGAAGCAUCGUCUAAUAUACAUAUGAAGGAAAGAAAUCAGUAGUAUAUAUUUAUAAAGUUCAAAGAUUUAGUACGGUAUAUAAACACUUGCGACAUGAAGUCUUCUCGAAUAUAUAUCUCUCAUAGAAAUAGAAUUUACAUUACCAUUUAUGCAAAGUUACCCAUUACCAACAUUGUCCCGUUCAUUUUUUUCAAUAGAGAAAUUUCCCAUUUGUUAGAACAAUAAUAGAUGUUGGAACGUAGAAUGUACUUCGUAUCUUGCUGAGAAUAUUGAAUGCAUUUUUAUCGUUUUAUUCGACAUUGAUUGACAUUUUAAUCAUUUGAUGUGCAAGCUGUGUAUCAAGAUAUGCUCAGACUGACUGGAUGAAAGUUGCUCGAAAAUUUAGAAGAGAAAUUAGUUGACAGCAUUUAUACUGAUACCAUCUUCUGGAUAUGAUAAUGCUUAACCAUUAUCACGUUGAGUUCCCUGACAAACAUAAUUUUGAAAUGUUUGUCAAUCUCUUUUUAAGGAUGCGUGAAGAUACGGAGCCCGACUUUGGUAAUAAAAAAUGAUUCAUUAAUAAGGUAAGACAGUGAAUAUAUGUGUUGUUAAAUAUUGUUGUUAGAAACGUAUCAAUGAAUGCAUGCAUUAAAUUUUGACCGUUAAAUCUACAUUAUGACAUACGUUAAUAUUUCAAUAUUAUUACUUGCACGUGCGACUAACAAUUACUGUAUUCAGUACUACGCAUGUUUAACUAUUUUUUAUGGAAAAAUAGUUGCA